GGGAGCGCUGGACCCCCGGCCAUGGCAGACGAGGAGCUGGAGGCGCUGAGGAAGCAUCGGAUGGCCGAGCUGCAGGCCACGCACAGGGAUCCCGGAGAUGCAGCCCAGCAGGAAGCAAAGCACAGGGAAGCAGAAAUGAGAAACAAUAUGUUAGCCCAAGUUCUGGAUCAGUCAGCCCGGGCCCAGUUAAGUAAUUCAGCACUUGUAAAACCUGAAAAAUCUAAAGCUGUAGAGAAUUACCUCAUACAGAUGGCAAGAUAUGGACAGCUAAGCUGGAAGCUUUCAGAACAAGGUUUAAUAGAAAUCCUUGAAAAAGUUAGUCAACAAACAGAAAAGAAAACAACAAUUAAAUUCAACAGAAGAAAAGUAAUGGACUCUGAUGAAGAUGACGACGAUUACUGAACUUAAAAUAUUUAGAGACUGGACCUUAAUGGAGCAAUUUGAGGACAAAUAAUACUUGGCAGAAGUCCCAAUCUAAUUAAAUGUUUACUUUGUUUACUGUGUAUAUGCCUUUAAAAAGAAUAAACU